AUGCUCACGCCUAAACCAAUUAGAGUUACAGAUCUACCGAAAACUCAAGAAGCAUGGACCAAAACCAAAUCAAUGACAGGUACAGAUCUACCGAAAACUCAAGAACCAUGGACCAAAACCAAAUCAAUGACAGUUACAGAUCUACCGAAAACUCAAGAAGCAUCGACCAAAACCAAGUCAAUGACAGGUACAGAUAUACCGAAAACUCAAGAAGCAUGGACCAAAACCAAAUCAAUGACAGGUACAGAUCUACCGAAAACUCAGGAAGCAUGGACCAAAACCAAACCAAUGACAGUUACAGAUCUACCGAAAACUCAAGAAGCAUGGACCAAAACCAAAUCAAUGACAGUUACAGAUCUACCGAAAACUCAAGAAGCAUGGACCAAAACCAAAUCAAUGACAGGUCUACAGAAAACUCGAAAACAAGUACCGUCGGAAAGAAAAUCAAGGACAGUGGUUGAUACCUCUGAAGAAGACUCUUUAAGCAGACUUUGCAGCAAACUUAAACUUGGCAUUGAAGAUUCAAGGCCUACAUCACACAAUGAAGACUUGAAGGAUAAAGUUAUUUCAGAAACACAUACCCCGACAGCAAAGACAUCUAAAAAUCAAAGCGAGCAUACUCGUCUUCCACUUUUGCAUCUGGAAAAAAUGACUCAAGAAUCACAAAUAAAUAGGGCACGUGACAAAGAGGAUACACCUGCACAUUCAGGACACCCUUCUAUGCAAAAGAAGGAGCAAAUGUGCAUCAAACAAGGCACAUUGGAACAGAGGAAGACUUUACAACUUCCCAAAGACAAGUCAAAGCAGAAGUCACGUGAAUUUUCUGUAAAAUUCAAAAUGACUGAUAAUCCUGAGGAAGAGCCACGAUGUAAUCAGUCUAAAGAAGGAGCAAGCUUAAGACAAAUGCCUUCUAAUUUGACAAGUAAAAUGCUUGAUUGUGAGGGAAAAGAUGCAUUUGGAAAGUCUGUCUCUGCAGCAUUACAAACAUUUCCUGGACGACAGGAACCAACUCUCAAAAUUGUUUCUCCAUCUCAUGCAGACCCUGGGUCUCCAAUAGACUCUACCUGGUCAUCUUCUUCUGAGCUUUGUUUAAGAGAAAAGGAAUUACACCCUGAAAAUGAUCACAAACCUGACGCUGAGCACGUUUUGAACAAAAAUGAGGAGAGUUUUUAUAAUGAUACAGAAAAUAAAAAAGUAAGACACCCAGUAGUUACAUCUGAAGUGAAAGAAGACCAAGAGUUUGCUAUGCAGAUGACAAAAAAUAUGAACCCAAAUACCACGGAUUGGAAAUUAGGCAUCGGACCUACACCUCAGUCCCGUGAUCCGAAAAGCCAUCUUGAAUUGCAGCGUCCCUGCUGCAAUGAAAUCAGACUCAUCAUUGAAAUAAAAAGCCACGAUAUGCCUGCUGUUUCAAAUACUUAUAAGGAAACAAAGCCAAAUCAGGACUUGUUCCAGAAGCCAUUAUGUGCAGAUCAUUGCAGUACUAAUUAUUGUAAAAGCGUGGACUCUAAAUUAAAAGAUGAGCGUUCCUCUGCACUGCACAAUGACAGAACACCUGGAGUACAUGUAAUUGAAGAACUACGGCAAGAUGUACAAAGGCUUAAGAAUGAUGUAGACAUGUUAAAAGUAGAGGGCCUGGCUUGGAAAACAAAGAAAAUUCAACUUCAAAUAGAGAUUGUGAUAACUGAAUUGAGUUCAUUGAUGGAUGUAGAAGGGCUUAGCAAAAUGCUUGAUUAUCAGUUAUUAGUAGAGGUUUCUGAGAGUUCUGAAAAAGAAAAAAAUCUAUUGCAUGAAUAUCGCAUGAUGCGGGAUGAAAUUGCCAAGCUAAGACUGGAAAUGGGCAUGAUAAAAAAGACCCAGGAAAUGGGAAAAGAAUAUUUUAAGGAAAUUGCAAUUGUCAGAGAAAAGGAUGACCGUCUUCAAAAGCCAAUAAGAGAAACAGUAUUUGAACACAAUACACAGCUUGAAGUCCUGAGAGCUGAGCUUAUAAUGCUAAACAGUAAACUGGAGGAUGAACAACGAAACAGAAGAAGACUGGAAGCAGAAGUUGAAUCAUACCGGUCUAGACUGGCUACUGCUGUACAGGAUCAUGAGCAUUGUCAGACAUCAAAAAGAGACCUAGAACUUACUUUCCAGAGAGCAAGAGAUGAAUGGUUUUGUUUAUGGGACAAAAUGAAUUCUGAUAUGUCUAACCUAAAACAUAGCAAUGAGAUUCUUUCUCAACGACUUUCUAAAGCAGAAAGUAAAACCAAUAGCUUAGAAAUCGAGCUUCAUCACACAAGAGAUGCUCUCAAUGAAAGGACAUUGGUUUUAGAAAGAGACCUCAGUCAAAAACAGUGUCAAAAGGAGGAAACAGAACACAUGUAUCAGAAGGAACAAGGUAAAAUGGAUAAAGACAUUGGAAAGCAGGAAUCCUUACAGGAGAAGUUUUCUCAUCUACAGAGUGAAAUUAUGUUGCUUCAACAGCAACUGGGUCAGGCUCACAACAAAGUUGACAGAGUAAUUAACAUCCAAGAUCAGAUUCCAGCUAUCAUAAAAAUAUCUGAUGGUGAAAAUGAAAAUUAUGUUCUUAUGCUGAAUGAAAUAAUUAAGGAGUUAACCAAUGAAUGGCAUCAUUUUAAAGAAAGAAUACAACGGUAUGAAAAUGAUCGUGUAGAAAAAGAUGCCAUUGUGAGACAACUUCAACAACAACUAGCUGAUACCAAAAAAAACCUAUCUACGAUAGAGGUUUCUCUGGAGGUUGAAUCAGGUCAUCGUAUGCAUUUAGAAGAUAAGAAACAAGAUUUCAAAAACAAACCAGAUCAAAGCAGAAGUCAAAAUGAUGAUCUUACAGCAAAACUGCAACCAUCAUCUUCAAAAUGUGUACGUCUGGAUGAGGAAAAGACACCUCAACAGGAGUUAGCAAAGGAAGCGCUUCUAAAGAGACGUGAAGAACUAAAGCCUAAACAAGACACGUGGAAACAAAGAGCAGUAAGACUCAGAACACGAAUGGAUAUGCGCAGGGCAGAAGACUGUGUAGGAGAAAAGUAUAAAGUAAAGAUUGAAGAAACUCUAAAGGAUCUAGCAGACAAAGUGACACAACUCGAUUUAUUUUUACAGCAAAUGAAUGGCAUCUCGGAUCACUCAGCUACUAACAAACCUAAGACCUUUGUGCAGAAGCAAGUCAGGCGCUUAACUGUGCAUGCUGGGAUUUGUAGUUCAGGUCGCUUCCGUUUUGAAGAGGAGUGUCACGUUCAUACUGUAUAUGUGUACGUGCUGCCCCCUAGUGGAGCUCGGUUGGAACUGUUAAGUCCAAGUAGAAGGUGA